AUGGCAGCACAAACCAAGCUUAACAUCACCACAGAUCGGUCUGCUCUUCUUGUUCUCAAAGCCCGUAUCACCAGUGACCCUCAAAACAUGAUCUUCAUCAACUGGUCAACCACUACUCCUAUUUGCAACUGGGUUGGGGUCACUUGUGGUGCACGCCAUCAUCGAGUCGCAAACUUAAACCUCUCUUACUUUGGUCUCACAGGCACCAUUCCUCCGGAGUUAGGAAACUUAUCAUUUCUUGUUAAUAUGGACUUCAGCAAUAACAAUUUCCAUGGUUCCAUACCUGCUACAAUCUUCAACUUAUCUGCUCUGCAAAAAAUAGAUCUGAGUGAUAACCAACUCUCAGAAAUUCCAAAUGAGAUUGGCACUUUGAAUCAUCUGGAAAAAUUGUAUGUGCAAGACAAUGCCUUAAAAGGGCCUAUCCCUAUGACUAUCUUCAACAUCUCAUCUUUGACUAUUGUAACUUUCUAUGGUAACAAUUUGAACGGUAUAAUUCCUGACAAUAUUUGUCAAAAUCUUUCAAAUAUUCAAGGGUUGAAUUUGGGUGCCAAUCAAUUUAAUGGUCCACUUCCUUCCAUAUUUGGGCAAUGCAAACAACUUCUUCGAUUAGACUUGGAGGAUAACAGCUUGACAGGUCCUAUACCAUAUGAGAUUGGUUAUCUUCCAAAUUUAGAGGAAGUGGGGCUCAGUGAGAAUAAUCUAAAUGGCCAUAUCCCAUCCUCAAUCGUCAAUAUCUCCACAAUAAAAGGUGUUGAUAUAACUGUUGCAAGUCCUAUACCAUAUGAGAUUGGUUAUCUUCCAAAUUUAGAGAUAUUGGCGCUCCAUCAAAAUAAUCUAAAUGGCCAUAUCCCAUCCUCAAUCUUCAAUAUCUCCACAAUAACAGGAUUAGGUCUCAGCUUCAGUCAGCUUUUAGGUAGCCUCCCAGCUGACAUAGGCCUUGCGCUUCCAAAACUAGAAAAGUUUUAUGCAGGAGCGAAUCACCUCAGUGGAGUAAUCCCCAAAUCCAUCUCCAAUGCUUCUGAGCUUCGGAGUCUAGACCUGGGAGGUCUUUCUUUGGCUGCCAAAUCACUUGGGGGUCUUUUAUGCUCUUAUUGCCCUGAAUUGAACUUGAAGGAAUGGAAUAACAUACUGAAGAGCGACUUAUGGGAGUCGUCAGAUAAGAGUAUCAAUUUUUUCGAUAGAAGAAAGAGGUUGGAAAUGACAACCUCAAAUUGUUAUGGAUGGCUGAAGGUCUCUUACAACCUGAAGAAAAAAAAAGAAAAGAGAAUGUUGAAAGAAGUUGGAAAUGACUACUUUGAUGAUCUACUCUCAAGUUCAUUUCUUCAACACCGAUAUGGCAACGAUUUCAUCAUGCACGACCUUACCAAUUAUUUGGCAAAGUUUGUAUCUGGAAAAUUCUGUGUUAGACUGGAGGACAGUGCCUCCUUCCAACCAAGAGUUGAAGAAGCCUUGGCAUUUGCGAGAAGUACUUCAUAUGGGCUUCAUAAUAUUGUCUAUGUCGAAGAUGCUUUAGAGGUCAAUAUAGGGGAGAAGAAGUAUCUUGAUGGACUAAGUUUCUUCAUGAAGAGGUGA